AUGGAGGACGUGACCAUGUGGUUAACCUGUUGGUUAUAUCACAUGUUGAGCAGAGAUCUUCUCCGACUGAACGGACAGACUCUGAACUGUGAUGGUGGACGUGAACAGAGCGGACUAACGGGCGCUGGCGGUCCCUUCAUUGUUUCUGUUAAUGGCUCCGGGGUCACGCUGACAGCAGAGUCACGCAGAGGUCAGCUCUGAUUGGUCGUGGUUAGAUCUGGUCUUGGUUAUGUAAUGGGAACAAAGACUGACCUGGUUAUUAUGCCACAGCACACAUUCCUCCUCAAGGGAGGAGAAGCUGCUCUCAGGGACUCUGGGCUGGCUUUGGCGCCCCCUGUGGUCAAAGUGCUUCAUACCAUCUCUGCAGCUAUUUUUUCCAUGACAACCCCCUACAGGUCUACAGGUCCACAGGUUUUUAGGUUCACAGGUCCACAGAUCUACAGGUCCACAGGUCCACAGAUCUACAGGUCCACAGGUUUUCAGGUUCACAGGUCAACUGGUCCAAAGGUCCACAGAUCUUCACGUCUACAGGUCAAAAGGUCCACAGGUCCACAGAUCUACAGGUCCACAGGUUUUCAGGUCCACAGGUCCACAGGUCUACAGGUCCACAGGUCCACAGAUCUACAGGUCCACAGGUCCACAGGCCUACAGGUCCAAAGGUCCACAGGUCUACAGGUCCACAGGUCUACAGGUCUACAGGUCCACAGAUCUACAGGUCCACAGGUCCACAGGCCUACAGGUCCACAGGUCUACAGGUCUACAGGUCCACAGGUCCACAGGUCCACAGGUCUACAGGUCCAAAGGUCCACAGGUCUUCAGGUUCACAGGUCCACAGGUCUACAGGUCCACAGGUCCACAGGUCUACAGGUCCACAGGUCCACAGGCCUACAGGUCCACAGGUCCACAGGUCCACAGGUCUACAGGUCUACAGGUCCACAGGUCCGCAGGUUCACAGGUCUACAGGUCUACAGGUCUACAGGUUAGACCUGACUGUCAGGAUUUGUUGUUUGGGGACUGGACGGCCCCAGACCCGGGUUCUUCACAAAAAUGA